CCAUUUACUUGCCUUUGUCCGGUAUCACCCCCCCAAAACCCCAAGAGCUAAAACCCUAACCCCCAAACAUUUAAAUCUGUUUCUCCCUCAGCAGCCAGUCUCUUAGAAGAGCCAAGAAGAAAAUGGCAAGUAUCAUCUUAAGAAGGUCUUCUUCGGUUAUCUCCAGGCGGGCUCUCGCCGCCUUCACCACCGCCACCCAUCCAAAACUAUACGUUCAUCAGCACCAUCCGCUAUCACCAUCAGCAUCGGACCUUGUUCCUGGAAAUGGAAGUAUAUCUUUCUUCCAUAAAGCCAGGGACUUCCACGCCAAUUCUGGGCCCUUGUAUUUCAGGGUCUCGUUGCCGUCGCAGGCAGAGUACGCCGCCGUAGACGAUUACGAGGGGAACGCUGGCGCUGAUGACGAGGGCCUCGAGAUCGCCAAGCUCGGGAUUUCCUCGGAGAUUGUCUCUGCUUUGGCCAAGAAGGGCAUCACUAAGCUCUUUCCCAUUCAGAGGGCGGUUCUGGAACCAGCAAUGCAAGGGCGUGACAUGAUCGGUCGUGCUAGAACAGGAACGGGCAAAACUCUUGCUUUUGGAAUUCCCAUUAUGGAUAAGAUCAUUCAGUUCAAUACUAAACAUGGGCAGGGCAGGUAUCCGCUGGCGUUGGUUUUGGCUCCAACAAGGGAGCUCGCCCGCCAGGUUGAGAAGGAAUUUGCUGAGUCCGCGCCAGGAUUGGAUACAAUUUGCGUUUAUGGUGGUGCGCCUAUCUCAAGCCAAAUUAGGCAGCUUGACUACGGUGUUGAUGUAGCUGUUGGCACACCUGGUCGCAUUAUUGAUCUUCUGAACAGAGGUGCUCUGAACUUGUCAGAAGUUCAGUUUGUUGUUCUUGAUGAAGCUGACCAGAUGCUUCAAGUUGGCUUUCAGGAGGAAGUUGAAAAAAUUUUGGAGAAGUUGCCGCAGAAUCGUCAGAGUUUAAUGUUCUCUGCAACAAUGCCAUCUUGGAUUAAAAAACUCACCCAAAAUUACCUAAAAAAUCCACUAACAAUUGAUCUGGUUGGAGAUUCUGAUCAGAAAUUGGCUGAUGGAAUUUCUCUAUACUCGAUUGCAUCGGACAAUUAUGGAAAAGCUUCAAUUAUUGGACCUCUGAUAACAGAGCAUGCAAAAGGAGGAAAAUGUAUUGUUUUCACUCAAACAAAACGUGAUGCUGAUAGAUUGGCAUAUGCCAUGGGAAGAAAAUACAAAUGCGAGGCUUUGCAUGGGGAUAUCUCACAAAGUCAGAGGGAAAGAACACUUGCAGGUUUCCGAGAUGGGCAUUUCAAUAUUUUAGUUGCCACUGAUGUUGCCUCUCGUGGCCUUGAUAUUCCUAAUGUUGAUCUGGUAAUACAUUACGAGCUUCCCAACAAUUCGGAGAUAUUUGUUCAUCGAUCAGGCCGAACAGGUCGUGCCGGGAAGAAAGGACGUGCUGUCCUUAUUUACACACAGGACCAGGCAAGGGCUGUCAGAGUUAUAGAGCGAGACGUUGGAUGCAGAUUUACAGAGCUACCCAAAAUUGCUGUUGAGGGUGGAAGUGGGGACAUGUUAGCUGACAUGGGUGGUGGUGGUAGAUUUGGCUCUCAUGGAGGCAUGAGGGAUCGUCGGUCUAGUGAUAGCACUUUUAACCGCUUUAGUGGUCAAGGGCGUCCUGGAUUUGGUCGUAUCAGCGGCUAUGGAGAUUCCUCUAGUCAAACAGGUCAAUAUGGUGGACCUAGCUCUGGACGUUUUGGCUCCUUUGGUGGCCCUGGCUCACAAAAAUCCGGAGGGGGGUUUUCUGGCUCUAGCUCAAACCGAUCUGGGAACUCUAGUGGUUCUGGGUUUAGUCGUUCAGGUGCUUUUGGCGAUUCUAGUAGUUCAGACCGUUCUGGUGGUUUUGGGGGAUUUGGUUCAGGCCGUUCUCGUGGAUUUGGUGACAAUCUAUCAAGCCAAAACAGCAGUGGCUUCAGUGAUUCUCGUACUAGACGUUUUGGCAGCUUUGGGGAUGAUAGAAUCAAUGAUGAUCAGAACACUGGGAGAAGAGCAUUCUGAGUUUGUUGAAUGUUAUGGGGCAGCCAGUAACAAUAGGAUACUUCCAAUGGCAGGUAAGGAAACAAUCGAAGACGGCUCUCAAUGCGGAGAUGAUUGCUGAGAGAAUGAUUCUAUUCGAUUAAUAGUAUUUCGUGGGAGGGGCAAGUGGCUUAUAGGGAUCCUGCUCCUACAAGAAGCUAAUAUUUCUAGUAAACUCUUAAGACGUAGUGAGAUAUUUUGUUGUUUAUAUUCAAGCUAUCUGAAGAGACCAAUCGCAUCUUCUUAUAAGAGGCUUAUGUAAUUUAUUUUGAAAUAGUCAGUUUUUCGUGAUUUUUUUUUUUUAAUGUCUCAGUACUCAAUUGAUGAGAAUGUACUGCUUUCCUUGGUAUUGUUUAGAAAAAAUUACGGAGCACACAAGGGGAUUAUGAAAGUUGAGUUUACCAAAACAUAUCGUCAUAGCGUCUAUUGUGAAAAGAGAAAUGCUAUACUUCAAAGUGUAUACUUGUUGACGUGGUAUUAAAAUUAUCACUGGAUUCAAUAGUAAUUAAUUCAAAAUUUAGUGGUAAUUUUUAGUCUCA